AUGGCUUCUUCCACACCCACCAACACCAAAGACCUGGAGUCCAACCCCUCCUCCUCUUCUUCUCCUCCAACGCCGCCGCCGCCGCAGGCGACGUGGAUUGCUACAAAUAAGACAACGUACGUGCAGGCGGAGCCGUGGGCGUUCCGGGCGGUGGUCCAGAAGCUCACCGGCGUCCCCGAGGACUCCCCUCACAAGCUCCCCGUCAGUGGGACCCCUCGCAGUAGCCGGGCCCCAGCUCCUCCACCCCCGCCGGCGAGCUUGCUGAAGCGGCAGAAGCUCCAGGAAAGGCGACGGGCCCCAGCCAAGCUGGAGAUCGAGCUGGGCCCUUCCUCGGCUCGCUGUAGUAAACCUCAUCAUCGCCACCUUUGGAGUAGUAAACCCGAGGUGGCGGCCGGCUUCUCUUCUCCGGUUUCUCCUAUGGAUCCCUUCUUCUUUAACGUCUUUUCUCCGAGUCCUACGACGCCGUCCCCUUCUUCGUUGAAGAAGGAGAAAGAGGAGGAGGAGGAGGAGAGAGCGACAGUGGAGAAGGGCUUCUUCUACCUCCAUCCUUCGCCGAGGAGUGGCGGAGAACCGCCCAAGCUUUUGGCUUUGUUCCCCCUCCAUUGCCACCGAGACUCUCCUCCUUAG